GCGAGCGAGCGGCGAGCGCGGCGAGCAGCCGAGAGGAGCGCGAGCAGCAGCAUGGCGGGGCUCCGACGCCCGCAGCCCGGCUGCUACUGCCGCACCGCCGCGGCCGUGAAUCUCCUGCUGGGCGUCUUCCAGGUCCUCCUGCCCUGCUGUCGCCCGGGAGGGGCUCAGGGACAAGCGAUCGAGCCCUUGCCGAACGUGGUGGAGCUGUGGCAGGCAGAGGAAGGGGAACUCCUGCUGCCCACUCAGGGUGAUUCUGAAGAGGACAUGGAGGAGCAUUCUCAAGAACAAAGCUUCUCAGACAAGCUGUUUAGCGACAAGGGCUUACAUUUUCAGCCAUCAGUCCUAGAUUUUGGGGUACAGUUCCUGGGGCACCCUGCAGCAAAGAUUCUCUAUGCAUAUAACCCCAGCAGGGAGAGCGAGGUGGUGGUGAAUUCUGUCUUCACGGCCGCAGGACAUUUCCAUGUGCCUCCCGUUCACUGCAGGGUAAUUCCGGCCCUGGGGAGAACUUCCUUCAGGAUUAUUUUCUUACCUGCUGAAGAAGGAAGCAUCGAAAGUUCUUUAUUUAUUAAUACCUCCUCCCACGGCAUCCUUUCCUAUCACGUGUCUGGAACUGGGACUCGCAGAAUUUCUACAGAAGGGUCUGCAAAGCAGCUACCAAAUGCUUACUUUCUGCUUCCACAAGUCCAGAGUGUUCAGCUUUCGCAAACGCAGGCAGAAACCACUAAUACUAGCCUCCUGCAGGUGCAACUGGAAUGCAGUUUACAUAAUAAAGUGUGUCAGCAAUUAAAGAGUUGUUACGUGGAAUCAGAUGAUGUUUUACGGCUACAAAUGAGCAUAAUAGUGACAAUGGAAAACACCUCGAAAGAAUUUGAAGAAAACACACAAGAUUUGUUAGAUCAUCUCUCUAUUAUUUACGUGGCUACAGAUAAAUCUGAGACCUCGGAUGAUUCGGCCGUGAACAUGUAUAUACUGCAUUCUGGAAACAGCCUUCUGUGGAUACAGGACGUCCACCAUUUCUCACAGAGAACGGCCCUGUCCCUGCAGUUUGAACCAGUGCUCCUACCUACGUCCACAACAAACUUUACAAAAAUCGCCUCUUUCACUUGCAAAGCUCCAUCUUGUGACAGUGGAAUGAGAGAAAAUGGGAAGAAAACAAAAAACACUCCGACACUAAAAGCCUGCCUCUCCUCUCCUGUGGUUCAAGGAUAUUUUCGUAUGGACUCUUCUGCAACUCAGUUUCACCUAGAGACUCACGAGAACGCAUCGGGAGUGUGGUCUAUGUGGUACCUCAACCAUUUCGACCGCAGUGUUGUACUGAAUGAUGUGUUUGUUUCCAAGGAGACCAAGCACAUUCUAAAGAUUCUGAAUUUCACUGGCCCUUUAUUUCUACCUCCAGGCUGUUGGAAAAUAUUUUCUUUGAAACUUGCUGUUAAAGACAUUGCCAUAAACCUAUUCACCCAUGUAUUUUUGACUACAAACAUAGGUGCUAUUUUUGCAAUACCUCUACAGAUUCACUCGGCACCAACCAAGGAAGGGAGUCUGGGUUUUGAAGUGCUAGCACAUUGUGGCAUGCAUUAUUUCAUGGGAAAAUCAAAAGCAGAAAAUCCUAACUGGGAAGGGAGCCUUUCUCUGGAUCCGUCUACCUGGGAUGUGGAUUCCGAACUUGCAAAUAAGUUGUAUGAGAGAUGGAAGCGAUUAAAACACGGUGACAUCUGCAAGAGGAAUGUUUUGGGAAUGACUCGGUUUGCCCACACGAAGAAAUCCAAAGAGUCAGAACCCUUUGCUCUCUUCCUGCCUCGUUUGAUCCCGGAGCCCGGCCUGGUGUUAAACUUCAGCGCAACCGCCCUCAGGAACAGCGUGGUGAAGUACUUGGCGCUGAGAAACCCAUCCUCAUGGCCCGUCUCCCUGCAGCUCCUGCCCAUCUCCUUCUACCCGAAACCCGAGGCCGCUGUGCGCCUGCUUCACAAAUGGUUCGGGACUGACAUGCAAAUGAUUAAUUUCACAACUCGUGAAUUUCAGCUCACCAAAGCUUGCCCUUACCAGGGUGUGCGUUCUGACGAAUCCGGGUCUGGCAUCCUCCACCUGAAUCUGCAGCCUCUGGAGAGGAGACGGGUCGGUGUCGUGUUCACGCCAGCUGACUACGGGAAGGUCACCUCGCUCAUCCUAAUCCGGAAUAACUUGACUGUUAUCGACAUGAUUGGUGUGGAAGGCUUUGGAGCGAGAGAGCUGCUGAAAGUGGGCGGAAGACUUCCUGGCGCAGGAGGUUCCCUGCGAUUUAAGGUGCCCGAGUCCAUGCUGAUGGACUGCCGCCGACAACUGAAAGACAGCAAGCAAAUUUUAUCAAUUACAAAGAACUUUAAGGUCGAGAAUAUCGGACCGCUUCCUAUAACCGUGACGUCUCUGAAAAUUAAUGGGUAUAAUUGCCAAGGUUACGGAUUCGAAGUGCUGGACUGUCACCAGUUUUCCUUGGACCCCAGCAUGUCCCGGGACCUCAGCAUUGUGUUUACGCCAGACUUCACCUCUUCCUGGGUCAUUCGGGAGCUGACUCUGGUCACGGCAGCGGACCUGGAGUUUCGCUUCACUCUGAACGUGACUCUCCCUCACCACCUGCUGCCUCUGUGUGCAGACGUCGUCCCGGGACCCAGCUGGGAGGAGUCGUUUUGGAAGCUCACAGUCUUCUUUGUCAGUUUGUCCCUGUUGGGUGUGGUUUUAAUAGCCUUCCAACAAGCCCAGUACAUCCUGAUGGAAUUCAUGAAAACGAGACAGAGGCAAAACGCAAGCUCUUCUUCCCAGCAGAACACCAGUCCCAUGGAUGCCAUCAGCUCCCAUUCUCACAAAGGCAACUGCAAGAACUUUCUCGAGCCUUACGGCCCCUCUGAUAAAGGCAGAGGGAAAAGCUGCCUUCCUGUGAACUCCCCACAGAGCAGGAUCCAGAACGCCACCAAGAGGAGCCCGGCCACCUACGGCCACUCGCAGAAGAAGCACAAGUGCUCAGUCUAUUACAGCAAACACAAAGCCAGCACGGCCAUCACCAGCAGUGCCACCACGGCCACUGAGGAAAAGCAGGUGGGGCCCCCGAGCAGCCCCCCGUGUGGCGCUCGAGAGGACACGUGCACCGACGUGGUGGCCGAGAACUGGAUCCCCCUCAAGUAUGCGAGUGGCCUAAACAACCUGCAGAAGAACUUAACCCCUCCCAAACCCCUCACGGAUAAAGAGGAGAACACGCUGAAAAGCGCAGUCGUCCCCAGCGCUCCUUCCGAGUGUCCCGAGAAGGAGGGAGCGCAGACUUGUAUGUUUCCUAAGGAAACGAACGUGCACAUCUCAGAAAACACAGCCGAGCUCAAGGAGCGCGAGCUCUGUCCCCUGAAGACCCCCAAGAAACUACCUGAACUCCAUUUGCCGAGAAACGCACCUCAGUCCCCGGCAGACUUGCCAGAAAUUUCCCGGAGAAACAAUGGGAAUACCCACCAAGUGCCUGUCAAGAAUGAAGUAGACAAUUGUGAGACUUUGAAAAAGGUUGACACAAAGUCUUCUUCAGAAAAGAAGAUUCACAGAGCAUCUAAAGAAGACAUGUGUUCUGAGAAACAGGAUAUACCAUCAGUCGAGCAAGAAGACCCUUAUAGGAAGAAGAAGCUUCAGGAGAAAAAAGAAGGAAAUUUACAAAACUUAAAUUGGAAUAAAAAUCGAACGUGUAGGAAAAACAAGAGAAGGGGUGCUGCCCAGGUCUUGAGGCCUUCUGAACAGAGCGAAUUAAAGCUGGUGUGCAGUGAAUUCGAAAGGUCCGCGCUGAGCAGUGACAUUGCGGUCAGAAGCUGGUGUCUCCAGGAAAACCCCAGGCAAACGUGUAAAGCAGAUGCUGGCCUUGGAAGCAGCUUACCCACCUCGCAGGGAGAGGCAGACGGCUACUACCAGAAGCCUGGGAAGCAGGGCGCCGAGAAGUUUUGCUCAGACUCCAGCUCGGACUGCGGCAGCUCCUCAGGCAGCGUGCGUGCCAGCCGGGGCAGCUGGGGCAGCUGGAGCAGCACCAGCAGCUCUGAUGGGGACAAGCGGCCUGCAGUGGGCCCUCCGCAUUUCCUACCACCUGGAGACAGUGUCGCACAAAAUGACUUUCCCUCUGAAGCUCCCAUCUCCUUGAGUCUUUCUCAUAACAUCUGCAAUCCCACAGACGUGAGGGGCCUCCCCCAGUACGUGGAAGCGCCAUGUCCCAGCCUUCCUGCCGGGCCUGCAGGUGCAGAGGAAGAUAAAGGUCUUUACCCCUCGGGGGACCUGUGGCCCGCGCAGCCCGUGUGUGUGACAAGCGGCUUCAACUGCGCCCUGGAGAACAGUGUCCUGCAGGCACCUGCCCCAGGGCAGAGCAGUUUCAUUGAUUGGAAUGCAGCGUGUGAAGGCCAGUUUCCCAGCGUGUACUGUCCGUUGGAAUUGAAUGACUACAAUGCCUUUCCAGAAGAAAACAUGAACUACCCCACUCCUGCCGAAGUUCAGACAGACUUUAUUGACCACAGCUCCCAGCUGGCCUGGAACAGCCCCCCCAACGUGCCGACCGCCUGGGGACAUGCCGGUCUCAUCAGCUCUCCGCCCUACCUCACAAGCACCCGAAGCCUGUCUCCUAUGUCUGGACUUUUUGGUUCCAUCUGGGCCCCGCAAAGCGACGUCUAUGAGAACUGCUGCACCAUCAACCCCGCUGCAGAACACCCGGCGCACAUGGAGAACCAGGCGGUCGUGUGCAAGGAGUACUACCCCGGGUUCAACCCGUUCCGUGCCUACAUGAACCUGGACAUAUGGACUAGCACAGCCAACAGGAACGCCAGCUUCCCGCUGUCCAGAGACUCGAGCUACUGUGGGAAUGUGUGAAAACAAAAAUUUUGACUUUUAAACAAUGUGAAUAAAGAGGCUUGUGUUUGGAUUACUAGAGUAAACUGGUUGUUGAACUAGAUUGACUUUGGUGGAUAUUUUGGCACUUUUAUAUGAAAAUAAAUUUUUUUAUGAAA